AUGUUCAGUUCUGGUAGCCAUGGCGAACAAGAAUUUCUUAUAAUAAAGCCAGAUGACAAGUUUUUCUCAAGGCUGUUAUCGAAGGAGAAAGCCAAAGGCGGCGGCGGCGGAGAUUCCUCGUUGAGAUUCUACUACCGCGCAGGAUGUUCCGGCUCCAUUCCGUUCCACUGGGAAUCACAGCCGGGAACGCCCAAACACGCCCUUCCCGAUUCUUGCAUCUUCAAUCCUCCGCUCACUCCUCCGCCUUCGUUCCAUAGCUCCGCCGCCGCCGCCCACCCCAAAUCCAUGCAAAAACAACCCUCGAAGACCAAGCUUUUUCUCUCCAAUUUCCCCGGGAAAUUAGCCCGGUCUUCUUCCACCCCCGCCGGCGAUUUUCCACCUUCACCUCUGUUCUCCCGUGGCCGGAGUCGGAGUUCUAAGGGCGGCUUCGGAAGGUUUUACUAUGUAAAGAACAUGAAGAGAGCACUUCUGUCGGUGGUCGGUCGUGGUGGUUCUUCAGUUUGA